CAGGAGGAGUCAACCAAGCCCUUUCUUACAGGAGCAUCUCAGCGCUCAUCAUCUGUCCUGGGUGUAACCGAGUAUACCUUACCAGGGAUGUAAUUGAACAUGUUUUCUAAAGUGUUUGUCUACUGCUCAAUCCAAGAUGGCCAGGAACUGCUCUGAGUGCAAGGAGAAGAGGGCAGCACACAUCCUCUGUACCUACUGCAACCGCUGGUUGUGCAGUUCCUGCACAGAGGAGCACCGGCAUGGCCCUGCCCCCGGGGGCCCGCUCUUUCCCCGGACCCAGAAGGGAUCUCCAGGAGUGAAUGGUGGCUCUGGGGACUUCGCCUUGUACUGUCCUCUACACACACAGGAAGUGCUCAAGCUGUUCUGUGAGACCUGUGAUGUGCUCACCUGCCAUAGCUGCCUCAUGGUGGAACACAAAGAACACAGGUGCAGACAUCUUGAAGAAGUUUUGCAAAACCAGAGGAUGCUUCUGGAAAGUGUGACUACCCAGGUGGCACAUAAAAAAUCCAGUCUGCAGACAUCUGCAAAGCAAAUUGAGGACAGGAUCUUUGAAGUGAAGCAUCAGCACAGAAAGGUGGAAAAUCAGAUCAAAAUGGCCAAGAUGGUUCUGAUGAAUGAGCUGAACAAACAGGCGAAUGGACUCAUAGAGGAGUUGGAGGGCAUUACAAAUGAGAGAAAGCGGAAACUGGAGCAGCAGUUACAGAGUAUCAUGGUUCUCAAUCGUCAGUUUGAGCAUGUGCAGAAUUUCAUCAACUGGGCUGUGUGCAGCAAAACUAGCAUCCCUUUCCUUUUCAGCAAAGAGCUGAUUGUGUUUCAGAUGCAGCGAUUGCUGGAGACAAAUUGUAAUACAGAUCCUGGCUCCCCUUGGAGUAUCAGGUUCACGUGGGAGCCUAACUUCUGGACCAAGCAGCUGGCUUCUCUUGGCUGCAUAACUACUGAAGGUGGACAACAGUCCCGGGCAGAUACACCUGCUUAUGGAAGCUUACAGGGACCGUCAUCCUUUUAUCAAAGCCACCAGUCCCCAGUGGCUCAGCAGGAGACUCUUACCCACCCCUCACAUAAGUUCCAGCCUUCAGCACUGUGUUCCUCUUCUGUGUGUUGCUCCCACUGUUCCCCAGUCUCACCCUCCCUCAAAGGCCAGGUCCCCACGCCAGGCAUGCACCCAGCCCACAGCUUUAGGCAGCCCUCUGAGAUUGUGCCCCAACAGCUGGGGCCACUGCAAUGCUCUGCCCUGCUGCCUAGGGAGAAAGAGCUGGCCUGCAAUCCUCAUCCACCAAAGCUGCUGCAGCCGUGGCUGGAAACCCAGCCCCCUGUGGAGCCGGAGAGCACAUCCCAAAGGCUGGGGCAGCCACUGACUUCCCAGCCGGUAUGCAUCGUCCCCCCACAGGAUGUUCAACAAGGAACCCAUGCCCAGCCCACCUUACAGACACCCUCAAUCCAAGUCCAGUUUGGCCACCACCAGAAGCUGAAACUCGGCCACUUUCAGCAGCACCCACAGCAGCAGCUGCCACCUCCACCACCUCCACCCCCUCCACCCCAGCAGCAGCCACCACCACCUCUACCUCCAUCCCAACAUCUGGCUUCUGGUCAGCAUGAGAGCCCUCCCGGGCCUGCCUGUUCCCAGAAUGUGGACAUAAUGCACCACAAGUUUGAACUGGAGGAAAUGCAGAAGGACCUAGAGCUUCUCCUCCAGGCUCAACAGCCCAGCCUACAACUGAGUCAGACCAAAUCUCCUCAGCAUCUUCAGCAAACCAUCGUGGGGCAGAUCAACUACAUUGUAAGGCAGCCAGCACCUGUCCAGUCCCAGAGCCAGGAGGACACCGUGCAGGUUACAGAUGAACCUCCAGCACCUGAAGGCCCAAAGCCAGCUCUCCCUCUUGAUAAGAAUACCGCUGCUACCUUACCUCAGGCCUCUGGGGAAGAAACCCCUCACAGUGUCCCCCCACUGGACAGCACCAUCCAGCACUCCUCUCCAAAUGUGGUGAGAAAGCACUCUACUUCGGUGAGCAUCAUGGGCUUUUCCAACACACUGGAGAUGGAGCUGUCAUCUACCAGGCUGGCAAGAACACUGGAACCACAGAUCCAGAGCGUGAGCAGCCUGACACCUAGCCCCCCACAGGUGGUACCAAGCCUGCUGAGUGGGCCUCCCCCAGCUGUGUCCAGCUUGACAAGUGGUCAAAACCAGGCCUUGCCUAGCCUGACAGCCAGUCACCUGCAGACCAUACCUAGCCUUGUGCGUAGUAUACCCCAGUCCAUGCCCAACCUACUGAGUGAUUCUGCGCAGUCCAUCACAAGCCUGGCAAGUGAUCACUCUCAGGCUGGACCCAACCUAAUGUCUGGUCCCACCCAGACUGUGCCAAGUCUGGCACUCUGUCCUCUGCAGAGCUUGCCUCCAACUUCUGAUACACAGCCGGAAACUGGAUCCAGCAGCAGUCCUGGGUCUGGCAGAGCUUCAGGGAGUCUAUGCCCCAGGGAUGGUGCUGACCCCUCUCUGGGGAAUACUCUGUGUAAGAUGGAAAGUGAGGAUUCCACCCACUUCAGUGACUCUUUGGGACAAGUUCCUACAACUGGACUGAAUGUCCAGGACUUAGCUAUUCCCUCAGAACUAGAAGAGCCAAUUAACCUCUCUGAAAAACCUACACUGGUCCCAGCAGUCAACACAUCCAUGGCUCUACAGCAGUACCGGAACCCAAAGGUGAGACUCCAAGAUAAUACAAAGGAGAACCAGCGUAUCAGACCCAUCAACAGUGAGCCCAAGAUUCCCUAUGUGCGACUGGAGAGACUCAAGAUCUGUGCUGCCUCUUCGGGAGAGAUGCCUGUGUUCAAGUUGAAGCCACAGAAGAAUGAUCAGGAUGGGAGCUUCCUGUUGAUCAUUGAAUGUGGCACUGAGUCCUCCAGCAUGUCCAUUAAG